GGGUUAUACAUGUUUCUAUUUGGUUUACUGCUGGUUGGCUGGUUUAUAUAUGUUUGUAUCUGAUUUAUAUUUGUUUCACAUUCUUUUAUUGCUGUUGGUCUCCACCAUGGAGAGUAAAAGAGUAAUGAUGUGAAGUUCCAUGUACUUGGUGCUUUGGGCCAUCAGUCAGACUUGACCGAAGCUGCAGUUUGACAUUUUUAACAGUGCAGUGUUUGCAUUCAGUGGGUGCAUCUGCAGCGUGUUCCGCUCUGUGGUGAGAUGAGGGGGAGGAGGGGAGGAUGCUGCCUUCACUUCGCUUCAACCCCUGUGCACAGUCACUUCCUCUGAAGGAGAGGAGGAGGGAGGGAAGGUUGAUAGAAAUAAGAAUAGAGACGACGGAAGAGACGGAGAGAAAGAAGGACGCCAUUUUGGGCCUAGUGUGUUUCUCUGUCCAGUUUCUUCUCUUGGAAAGUGUUCAAAAGUGGAGAUCCAACUGGAGGAAGUGAAUCUACCUGAAGACACAGUAGCAGUGUUCACUUUGACUGCUUUGUAGAGCUUCAAUUUUUUGCAGGAAGGAAAGAAAGAGCGGUCAGGGAAGAAACGAGGCCCGGCUGUCAAGGCUCUGGAGGACGGUGGACGUCCAACGAAGGCCAAACACAAGACUGACAUCAGUGAGGACGACAAGGUCAGACACAUCUGAGCGUGGUGAUCUCAGAUGGUCUUGUCGUCCCGUUAGAGCCGAAGCCUUCAGCGUGUGACGUCAGAUCUGAGGUGAGGAGGACGCAGGAUGAGCGCCGACCGAGUGCCGUCCAGGUCGGAGGUGAUGGGGUGGAGUCCUCAGCAGCUCGCAGAUUACCUGAAGAGGAUGAGUCUGUCUGGAUGUGACAAGGUGGUUCUGAAGAGCGCCAUCAAUGGCAGCAGAUUUGUGAACAUGAGCGAUAAUGACCUCCAGAAAUUCCCCAAACUCCACGCUCCGAUGAUCUCUAAACUCCGCUGUGAAAUAAGCAAGAAAGAGGAGAGAAGAGGCCUGUUUGGUAAAAGAGCGACGCCCAAAUAUCAUGAACCAGACGCACCUGUCGAUGCUCAGGGCUGGGGAGACGAUGAGUUUGACGAUGAAUUCGAUGAUGACUACGAGAGUCCGUUCAGUGGUGAUGAGGAGGCCAGCGGAGGCGACUACGAGUCCCCAAACGAAGACUACGAGCCUCCACCCUCUGAACCUUCAGAAGACAUGACUCUCAAACUGUGUCCAACUCUGCCUAUGUCAGACUGUGACUAUAUAGACAACAGAGGCCUACCUCCUACUCCUUGUCCCCGGCCCCCAGUCCCCACCCUCUCCACUCCACCCACCCGGAUGCCUGGUGGGUCUUCAUCAUCCAGAAGAGAUGCCUCCCCUCAAUCUGGAGGAAGAGCAUCUGCAAAAUUUUCAGCUGGGCCACCGCAGAUAUUUCGUGGAAACAAACCAGGGAGAGAGUCCAGAUCCCAUCCAUCUCCAGUCAGAGGACCUCAUAGAAACACAGUGGACCAGCCUGUGACACAACCUUGGAGGGCUCAGCCGGACGUCCCAGAACCUCCAUCCUGGUCUAAACCCCCAGCCCCCCCUCCCUCGGCCUCUGUCAACAGGAGUAACUCCGCAGCCAGACUUCCUCCUAACAGGUUUGAUAACAGAAGAGAGCAAACACACGAUGAAGCGAUGAAAAACAACACCUUUCCCCUCCACAAUAAAGGUCUCCCCCCACGUCCUGGACUCCCCGGACCCCCAUCGCGGCAUGGAGACAGUCUUCCUCCCAACAUCCCCUCUGGAGGAUCUUUGCCUCACAAACUGCAGUCUGCACUGGCUGAACACAGAGGGAGUUUUGUCGCUUCAGACCGAGCAUCAGUUCGACCUCCUCCACCUUCAACAGGACACACACAGGAUCUGGAUCCACUGUGGUACGUGGGUAAAGUGACCAGAGGUCAGGCAGAAGGAUGUCUGAAACGAGUCAACAAGGAUGGGGCGUACCUGGUCCGGGACAGCACUCGACAGUUGGCCAAUCAGCCCUUCACCCUGAUGGUUCUGUACCAGGACAAGGUCUACAACAUCCAGAUCAGACAGCAGAACCAGCAGUUCCUGUUGGGAACCGGACUCAAAGUCCAGGAGUGUUUCCCUUCAGUGCGGGACAUCAUCUCCCAUUACUCCCAGUCUCCUCUGCUCCUCAUUGAUGCUAAAAACCGGGGUUCUGGUCAACAGAACCAGUGUCUGCUGUCGGAUCCAGCCGGGUACUCCAUGACAGGACACAGCUGGUCCUGAUUGGGUCAGACCCAUCUCACUCUGAAACUGCGUUGUGUGUUUUUCAGAUCAGGCUGAUGUUAUUGUCACAUUUUUGCACAAAUUGCUUUUUUUUUCUUUUGCUUUUCUAUGUCACUGUAUGGUCUUCUUCUUUCAGUCUCACCAUGUCAUUUCUGCCAUUUCCAAACAAGCCACCCAUUUAUAAAGAAACUUUCUGUUAAAGACCAUCUACAUCCUGUUUCCUGAAA